AUGAAUGUUUUUAGGUUCACAAAUUGCCAAAAUGAAGUUGAAUCUCGUGCCAAGGCGCAGGAUUUCGCUUCCAAGUUUCCUGAUCCCAAUACUCUCGUCCUUUAUUCCACACUUACCUUCUGUCGGAGAUUCUGUCACGAUUAUUCUCAAGCGGAAAUCGACGGGUGGACACGCAACAUAUUGUGGCACGCUAGAACUGUCAGAGGAACUAUCCUCAGAUCACCCAGUUUACUUGACUCCAAGGAGGCUCUCAGCUUCAAAAUACUCGAACGCUUUCAAAAGUAUUUCCUCCCUCAAUAUGAACACUUUAUGCGAGCCCUAGACCUUAGUAAACAAGUAAAACCUCGAAUUGUAUUUAACAUGAAUCCUUACUGUCUGGAGGAACUACCUGACUUUAUCAUCGAAGUGGGAUUCGAGCUGUGGCGGCUGGACGAAGAUGGACACCCUGUUUACAAACUCUGCAGAUGUGCCUUCUUUGCACAAGAACCAUUGACAAUCUCCCCUUCACAAUUUCUCAUCAUGUCCAGCGAAUCUGCUCUAGCCGAGAAAAUCAUGCAACAACUUUACUGCGAUGGAUCCGAAGAUUUUUUUUCCAGCGAUCAAUGGCCAAUACAUCAUGUGAAGCAACGCAAGAACAAUAAUAGCAAUAUCGACUUCCGACUCACCGUCAAACCUCCUACGUCAACCCCCAAACUCUCCGCAAAAGAACCCGGACUCUGGAUAAACUAUUUCCGGGACCCUUCAGCCCCAAGAUUAUGCCCUCCUCCAACUUCGGUCACGAAAGAAGAUGCAGAACACUUUAAUCUUCUACAAACCAUCAAAAAUUACUAUAUGAGUCACCAGGUUGAGAUUACCGAUAACGACACCAUAAUCCAUGUCCUACAUACCUACUCCGAAGUUUUAGUUAGAUCCGAAUAUCGCACGGUCGAUUGUUUUCGCCUAUCAAAUAUAAAAAAUUCUGGCUUUCCCAAUGCUAUUGUAGCACUAUACCAUGUCAAAACUCCAGAAAUUGGGGAGCCUUACUUCGACCGUGCUCUUUUUGUCCAGGAGCCUCUUAAAAAAGUUCUCAAAAAUUCUCCAGCAAAAGAACAGCAACUUAAAGCUCGCUUUCUAUCAAUAGCAGAGGAUUUGGAAGAAGAGAUUUCGCGCCGCUUUUAUGUACCUAGUGGACAAAAUGGCGGACCUUUGUAUGGACAGUAUGUUCAAAAAGAGGAGUUGGGUAGUGUGGAUAUUAAGCAAGUCGAUCAAGGAAGGGAGCAUCUGGGAACGGGAGAACGGAAGCAUGAACCUCCUCGACCAAGAUUGACAACGGAAGAAUGGGAGCGUAAUAAUAUUGCUCUGAGACAUAUAGUGGAGGAGAGACGGCUUUAUGUGGAAUGCUUUGUGGAGUCUCACGAAAGUUCUGCGGGUAUGAGAAACUCGGGAUGA